AUGCCAUUCGCCCAACUCGUAAUCGGCCCCCCCGGCUCCGGAAAAUCAACCUACUGCAACGGCAUGCACCAAUUCAUGUCGGCCAUCGGGCGCAAGUGCUCCAUCGUGAACCUGGACCCGGCAAACGAGAGCACGACGUACCCGUGCGCGCUCGACGUGCGCAAGCUCGUCACGCUCGACGAGAUCAUGGACGAGGAGGGCCUGGGCCCGAAUGGCGGCGUCAUGUAUGCGCUCGAGGAGCUGGAGCAGAAUAUUGAGUGGCUGGAGGAGGGGUUAUCGAGGCUGGGGCAGGACUAUGUGAUCUUUGAUUGUCCGGGGCAGGUGGAGCUCUUUACGCACCAUGGGAGCUUGAGGAAUAUAUUUCUACGUCUUGAGAAGAUGGGGUAUCGACUAGUCGUGAUCCACCUCGUCGACGCCCACUACAUCACCGACCCGUCCAAAUACAUCUCCAUCCUCCUCCUCUGCCUGCGCUCCAUGCUCCAGCUGGACCUCCCGCACAUCAACGUCCUCUCCAAGAUCGACCUGCUCAAACAGUACGGCCCACUGGCGUUCAACCUCGACUUCUACACGGAGGUGCAGGAUCUGUCGCAUCUGCUGCCGCUGCUGGAGGGCGACGCGCGCCUCAAGAAGUAUGCGAAGCUCAACCAGGCGAUUGUGGAUGUUGUUGAUGGGUUUGGAUUGGUCUCGUUUGAGACGCUGGCGGUGGAGGAUAAGAUGAGUAUGACGAGCCUGCUGCAGAGUGUGGACCGUGCGGGAGGGUAUGUGUUUGGCGAGGCGGAGGGCGCGGGGGAUAAUGUGUGGACGAUGGCGAUGAGGGGGGGGUGGGGCGUGGGGAUGAGUGCGGGGGAUGUGCAGGAGAGGUGGGUGGAUAGUCGUGAGGCGUAUGAUGAGUUUGAGGAGAAGGAGAGGAGGGAGAGGGAGGAGAGGGAGAGGGAGAGGUUGAUGGAGAUGGAGGAGGAGGGGUAUUAG